GGGAAAACGUGAGAGGCCUAAAGAGAAGAAACAGCAAAUUGUAAAAGUUGGGGUCUGUAGGGUUGAUCGAAUUGCCUUUGCAUUGCCUGUAAAUCUCCCUCUCUCUCUCUCUCUCUCUCUCUCUUUCUCUGGGGUACACCAAGCACCUACAAUCUAUAUAUUUAAAGAAAAGAAUUUGUCUUCUUCUUUUGCGCUCUCUCUCUCUCUCUCUCUUUCUGUCGUUCCCACUCCCACACCAGUCUUGCUCCACUGGCCAUCGUCAUCCAGGCCAUGGGAAGCUUAUCUCCUUGACUCCGCUCGAGAUUCUUCCCUCUAUGCGAUUGCUCUGCCUCUCUGACUCUCCCUUCCACGACGGCCCCCCGUGCACGAUAGGCCCCCCUGAAUCGUACCCCUCUUCCUCCGCUACCAGGAUCACACAAAUUUCGCGUCUCUCUCUCUCUCUCACACACACACACAGAAAGUGGAUCCCAGAAUCCAUUCGACCGCCGACCGUGUGGUUCGAUCAGGGAGUGCGUCUUUGUUGCAUUGCGGGUGUGGAAAUUCUUCCCUCGUUCGGCUUCAAGAAUCUGGCGGGACCGAGUCUUUUCCGCCAUUAUUGGGUUUCCCAGAGUCUUGAUCAAGAAAUACAGGAUCUCCAUCAAGACCCAUCUCCGCGUAAGUUCAAGAUUCAGUUUUUUUUUGCCAGGGUGAGUUGAUUAUGUUGUAUUGAUUUUGGGGUCUCUGCGCACACGGGUUUGAUUUGCAAGACUGUUACUGGAGAAGAGCUAGCAGGAGGAGGAGGCAUUAGUGCUCUUAAUGUGAGGAUUAUAUGGUAAUGCUGGGGGAAUCACGGGGCUAUCGUUUCUUUUUAGGAAACAAUAUUAAGGCGCUGAGUGUUUUUGGGCUUUGGCUUCUUUUACAAGGAUCCGAAAAAGGAAAGAAAAGUGAUAUGAGCAACGGCUGAAACCUUCAAGGCUGCUGCUUUACAUCGAGUACCGCCCAUAUGGAAUCUCUUUUUCUUACUCACCAUCCAUUUGUUUCUCUUUACGGUUCGGAGUGUUGUCAGUCGUGCAUUUCGGAAAUCUGUGUGGUUCAGUAAUGUCGUGGAAUUCCAGUGACGGUAUGCGGUAUGUGUGCUUGAAAAACCCCUUGAAGCUUGCCAAUUUUCCCAUUUGGGGAUCUGAGUUCUGAGCUAUUUAGUUGUAUUGGGGAAGUUGAUUGAGUUUUGCGGGCCUUUCCUUUUUACUGGGUUCGUGAGGUGAAUAGAGAUCGGAAAAGUGCGCGGUGCUGAUCUUUGCUAGCAGAAGGCAUCGAUGGGGCUUCUUCGAAGUCUCGCGAUGCUUGUGCUUCAGUUAUGGUUGUUGCGACCUCUGGAGCUCGGAGCCCAGAAUGUUUCUACUGGGAAUUUCAGUUCUGCGAGGGCUUUGGAUACGAUGCUUCAAGACUAUGCUUAUAGGGCGUUCAUCCGUCCGAGAACUGGCAUUCCUUACGAUGGAAAUGUUACGUCGAAUUUGACUGGUAUCAAUAUAACGGCGAUGAGGCUCAGAAGUGGGAGCUUGAGGGCUAGAGGUGUUAAGAAGUACAAAGAGUUUGAAAUUCCAACCGGGGUUAUCGUGCGCCCAUAUGUGAGGAGGCUAGUUCUGGUCUACCAGAACCUUGGCAAUCGGUCUAUAGUAUACUAUCCUUUGCCUAAUUAUACAUAUUUAGCUCCGGUUUUGGGUCUUCUUGCUUAUAAUGCAUCCAAUUUAUCAGCCACGAAUUUGCCCGAGUUGGAUGUCAAUGCUUCCGGUGACCCUCUAUUGGUCCACUUCAGCAGCAUCAGACCAGCUCCAGCAGGGUCUGUGCCAAGAUGUGUUUGGUUUGAUUUGGGCGGUUUGGUCAGGUUUAGCGAUGUAGAAUCGGGAAAUACUUGUUCAACGAAGCAACAGGGGCACUUCUCGAUAGUGAUUGAGUCGAUCGCCCCUUCUCCAUCUCCGACCUUUCCUCCCGCACCCGGGCCGAGUGGCCGAGAAAAGAAAAGUUCCAGAUCUUGGGUGGUUGCCGGUUCCGUGCUCGGUGGACUGGCAUUGUUGGUUUUGUUGGCAUUGCUGGUCUUUUGGAUGCAAAGGUACAAGAAAAGGAGGAGCAUUCAGCGAAUGGAAAGAGCUGCAGAUGCAGGGGAAGCUCUAAGGAUGACGCCGGUCGGCGAUACGACAGCCCCGGCAGCUUUGGUAACCAGGACUCAACCCGCCCUCGAGCACGAGUACGUGCCCUAACUUAUAAAUAAUCCGUAUAGGAUGCCCUCCUACUUCGGUACAACUUCUCAUUCAAAUUCAAUCCCUGUGUCCAGAUACUUUCUUCUUCUGAUUGCAACUAUUUUUUCUCUGGGUGCCUUUGGUUGGUUUUGUCCCUGGGUAGGUUCCUGGCUUUAGUGUGGGGGGGUAAUAUUAGGAUAUUUGGUGUAAAUCCUUGUUUCUUGCAAAAACUGUCCAUAGUCUUAUGAUUCAUUGUGCUGUGCUGGUCGCGCAAAUUUGUUCUAUCAUGUAUUCAAUGCACAUAUCCAGUCGAUGAUCAAAUAAAAUCAUAUCCCAUUCUUGUGA